AUGCUGCUGCCGACGCGGGUCGUGUUGCUUUCAGCGCUCUGCGCCACGGUGCUUGGCUGCCCUACCAUCAUCUCACGCCGACAGUGGGGGGCCCGACCCCCAAGAAUUAGGGUCCCGCUGAAGACCCCAGUGUCCUUUGUCAUCAUCCACCACACGGAAGGGAAUCGCUGCACCUCGCAGGCCUCCUGCAGCCGGGAGGUCAAGGGCAUCCAGAACUACCACAUGAACACCCAGCGCUGGCCCGACAUCGGCUACAACUUUCUGAUCGGCGGGGACGGCAGAGUCUACGAGGGCAGAGGCUGGCGCACCGUGGGGGCCCACGCCUAUGGCUGGAGCCAUAGGUCACUGGGAUUCAGCUUCCUGGGCAACUUCUCCAACAGAAUCCCCAGUGCUGCCGCCCUGAACGCCGCCAAGAGCCUGAUCCAAUGCGCCGUCAAAAGGGGUUUCCUGAAACGCAGCUACACCUUGAAGGGGCAUCGCAACAUGAACCCGACCAGCUGCCCUGGGAACGCCCUCUACAGGGUCAUCAGCAAGUGGCCCAGGUGGCUGAGCAAGAAGAAGAUGCUGCUCCUGAUGCAAGUUAUGUUGCUCUCAGCGCUCUGCGCCACGGCACUCAGCUGCCCUACCAUCAUCUCACGCCGACAGUGGGGGGCCCGACCCCCAAGAAGCAGGGUCCCGCUGAAGACCCCAGUGUCCUUUGUCAUCAUCCACCACACGGAAGGGAAUCGCUGCACCUCGCAGGCCUCCUGCAGCCGGGAGGUCAAGGGCAUCCAGAACUACCACAUGAACACCCAGCGCUGGCCCGACAUCGGCUACAAUGGCCAAUCGAGAGCGUGGGCAGAGGGGGGUUAUUUAUUCAGGCCACAGUCACAUCCCCUGAGCAGCAGAGAGGGGCAGGGUGAGAUUAACAGGGGGCUGCUCUGUCCUGCAGACAGAAUCCCCAAUGCUGCCGCCCUGAACGCCGCCAAGAGCCUGAUCCAAUGCGCCGUCAAAAGGGGUUUCCUGAAACGCAGCUACACCUUGACGGGGCAUCGCAACGUGAACCCGACCAGCUGCCCUGGGAACGCCCUCUACAGGGUCAUCAGCAAGUGGCCCAGGUUCAAAGCCAAACCCUGAGUCCCUGCAACCUCAGGGCAGCCCCUGCGCAUGUCGCUGACCAUGCCUGCGACUUCUGCCUGCCCGAGCAGCACCUCCAUCCCCCAGCAGGGGGCAACCUCGUGCUUCUUGCCCACUUGCUGCCUCCUGGGCCCAGAAAGCAGGGAUCUGAGAGUUGGGGUUACGCUCCCGUCUCCCCUUGCACUUGGCUGCCCUGCUGCCCAGGGGGCUCAGAUUUCUAAUGAUGCCUGGGAGCCGCCUGCCUCCCCCAGGCUGCUUCCUUCAGCAGAUGCCAGGCCUAGCCCCUUGCUCCCGCCCAGAACAGGCACAUCAGCUCAGCCCUGGUCCAUAUACAGCCAGGCCCAGGGACUUACAGCAUCCGGGAGGUGGGGUCAAUCCUCAGUUGAGCUCUGUGGUGACAGCCCUGCCAAUCCCUGAGCAGCUCAGGGAAUGUCACCUCCAUUCCCCUGUUAAACGUCUGAGCAAUUCUCAAUUCCAGAGUCAAAUCCUCCUCUGCCCCCAGCCCCCCUGAAAUCUGCAGCGAAACUUUCAUCUAGAAUCCCCCAGAAAUUGGUCGCUAUUUACCCCACCCCACAAAGGGAACCCAAGUGUCCCUGAGCCCUGACCCUCAGCUCUGCCUGGCCCCGCGGGGUCUGGCUCUCAAAGUUUUCAGCACUAGGACCUUUCAUCCCGACAAUCCAUUCCCGCCAGCCUCUCUCACCACGGGGGGGCGAAGUGUUAGGAUCUUCACAUGGCGGGUGCCUGGGAAGGACCAGUUGGGUGGUUUGCAGAGUCCCACAAAGGGGUUUUUAAUUCAAGUGCAAUUUGCCUGUAACCCAGCGCCCCUGCGCCUUAGCGCUUGCUUUGCUUGGGAGCUACACAGCAGUGAGAAUAAACCAGCUUCUAGCACAUGAAAAGUUGAAGCGCCGUGAAUCAUUUCAUCUCCUGUUAAACCAUAACCACCGCCCGCUGCUGGACUGGGUUUGGAGAGCUCAGACGGCGAGAUUAUGGUCUGUCAGAUUAGCAAUAUGACACUCCUUUGUGCUAGGCGCUGUACACAGAACAUAAGACAGACUGUCCCUCCCCUAAAGAACUCACGGUCUAAGUAGACACAGGUUGGGAGGGGAAACUGAGGCACCAGGAGGGGAAAGGGUUUUACGCAGGCUCAUAGGGCUAGUCAGUGGCAGAGCGUGGAACAGAUCCAAGGGCUGAAGUCAAGUGAUCUGCCCACUAGGCUGUGCUGCCUCUCAGGCUAGAGGGAGGAGAUGGACGGAAACAAAGGGGGAGCUGGUUCUUCAUGGGUUACACAGACAGGCCCGGCAGCCCUGAGCUGAAGGAAGGAGAGGGGAGCUGGGGUUUGCUCCUGGUGAUGGGAGCUGGGGCUGCAGAAGGGGGCCAGAGCAGAGGGAACAGCCAUGCCAGCAGCAGCGUCCCAGCCCCACAGUGCCUAGGGCUGCCCAGCGUGAGGGGACGCUAUGGGGAGGGGGCAGCGGCCCUGACGGGGCAGCUCUUUGUUAUGAGAGUCACUGUAGAGCAGCCCCCGAGCUAGGCUGGGAGCCUGGUGGCCUGGGGCUGAACGGGCCUUGGAAACAGGAGCAAACCCUGGUGGGCCGGCAGCUGGAGGCCCCCAGUGUCCUGUCCCCCGCACAGUUAUUCCUGCCUCAGGAGGCUCAAGCAAGAGGUUUCGCUCCUGGGCCAGCCGCAGCCUCCGAACAGACUCAGCACAGUCUCCGUUCCCAUCUUCUCUGAGACACCAGAAUCGUAACAGCUCCCCCAGCCCCUGUGGGGCUGUGACAGCCCAGGACCGCCAAGCUGCGUUGCCUGGUCCCUGGGGUGUUUUGGCUGC